GUUGAGGUAGUUAGGGUAUUUCACAACAGGGCAGUGCAAUAAAAUGUCGGAGAGGAGUGUUGCGUUCGUUGAAAUUUGAAGUGCAAAGUUACCAAUUUGAUUGAUUAUUCUUAUGUUAUUUAAUGUUUGAAGGGGAGGCUCUCGCGGACCUCUCCUACUCCACUGCACCAAGCUGGCCGCUGCCCUGGAGCAUGUUGCUUCCCCCUGCGGUCGAGAACUGAAGUCUGGACCCUCGUUCCGGGAGAUCUCCACCAUCACAGCGGCUAGGCUAGGGCGCGCGAGGAGGAUGUGAGCGGCAGCGGCGCACCCAGCCCCAAAGGCGCCGACCGCACAGAGGACCAUGUUCCCCUGGUCCAAGGACCGCCCGCGGCCCCGGCACAGCCGCCGACCCGGCGACCUCCCGUGCCUACCGCCCCCCGACGCAGAGUUCAACGCCGAGCCCGGCAGUGCACAAGACGUGUGCUGCGGUGAAGACCUUCCCGAGGUUGAGAUCAUCAGCUUGCUGCACGAGCAGAUUCCCCGCUACCGGCUGCGCGCCGACACUCUAACCCAAUUCACCGGCUACGAAAACCAGGACUGGUACAUUCCAAGCCCAGCGCUCAAACCGGCGGAGACUGCUCUAACCCCGGAUCAGAUCCGAGAGACCCUCAACUAUUUCCUCCUAUGCAGCGACCGCGUGAGCCAAAUGACCAAAACUUACGAUGAUAUCGAAGCAGUGACAAGGCUUCUUGAAGAGAAAGAGAAAGACCUUGAGCUCACUGCUCGAAUUGGCAAGGAGCUUUUAGCUAAUAAUCAGAGGCUAGAGAAUAAUGUUACUUCAUUGGAAGCAGAACUUCGCACCACCAAUGAAAAGCUCACUCAACUCAACCAUGAGUUGCUCAAAAAGACUGAACUUAUUCAAAUCCUUACCAAUGAUGAAGGGGACAGUAGUUCAGAGGUGGGCACACCAUGUGCCCCAAGGCAAAUCAAUGCAGAGUUUAUGCAACAGAGGAUCCACGUGCUUGAACAUGACAAUGUUCGGUUGCGAGAAGAGUUCAAUCAGAUUGCAAAAGAAACCUCAGAGUGUGAGGAGGCUGAAGCAAAACUUGUACAAGACAUCACACAUCAACUUUCUACUGCAAACCGAGAAGUCACAGCUUUGCUUGGAGAGCUUGAUCGUCAGAGAGAUGAAAAUCGACAGCAAAGUGAACACAUUAUUGCUCUUGAGGCAAAGUUGCGAGAUAUUGAAAGCCGCCACACUAGUAUGACUGCUGAUAAUGAAGAGCUGAGAGGACUUAUACGUGUAUCACGAGAAACUCAAGAUUCACUAAGCGGAGAAUUAGCUGAAUUAAAAACUAGGCAUGGAGAGGUAUCAGCUUUACUAUUAGAUACUCAAGAACAACUCAAGAAGAAGCGCAAGAUGAGUAUGCCAGUUGCAAGGGCAACUCAAUUGUUCCCUUCACUCACGGGAAUAAACCAGCACAACCCAGAUUCAAUAGCUUCUGAAUUAGAGUCGUCCCUGUUCUCAGAACUAAGUCUUGACUCUGGUAUAUCUACAGAUAGAGCACCAUCUUACAAGAAAGUCUUUGAGACUGUCAGGUGUGCAUCUCGUAGCUCAAUGGGUAGUGGAAGCAGCAUUGGCAGUAGUCUAGGCAUUUCACCAGUUAAGCGCCUGGGAUCAUUAGGAGGUGGCCAGGCCUCUCUUACCUCAUCCCUAUCUAUGUCAUCGUCAAGCAUUGGCCCAAGAAUGAGUAGUCUACCUGGAAUGGCUACCACUUCAACUGCAAGUAGUUCCAUUUCUUCACACCCAGCACCUCACAUCUAUGGAUCAACUAUGUCAUUCCCCAGUUUGGACUCUGCUGGACAGUCUGAUUCUGAAGCCUUCUCUAAUGACAGCGAAGACAAUUACUCAGUGGAUGCAGAACAAUGUGAACCAAGGUCUGACUUUACUGAGCUGGAAGCAGCUGUGCGCCGCCUAACUCCUGCAGCUGUUGCUCUUCGAAGAGCUCAUUUAGGAUCAGCAAGUAUGAUUAGCUUUGAUGAGUGCCGCACUCCUGAUAGCAUAAUGUCUACUGGGAGCAGUGGGGCAUUCAGUGGCAAUAGUAAUUCAAUGAACUGGAAGCUGCCAGAUAAGUUACAGAUUGUAAAGCCUAUUGAAGGAUCUUUAACAUUACAUCACUGGUCGCAACUUGCCACACCAACUCUGAGUGGACUGCUGGAGGAAAGGCCUGGAGUAAAAAUCCGAGGAGGGAAACCUUUAGAAGAGUUGGGCCUUGAUACUUACACUCUUUCUGAUCUUGAGGAAGAUGAUGAGUAUAUUUGCCCUGGCAAGAGUUUCCAGUCCACAAGCUCAGUUUAUACCUUCACUAACAGUACUGUUAUGCAUCCUGAUGAUGGAAUGACUUCAGUUACGCACAGUUUACCUCCAAGUCAGAUGAGCACAAGGUGUACCAAUAGUCAGGCUACCACAGCAAAUCCUACUCCUGUUUCUGGGAUGAGCCGUCGUAAUUCAACUUCAACAUUCUCAACAUGUCUUGGUCUUGCUAAAAUGCUCAAUGAGCGAGGUAUCAAGGCAGUCACUCCAAGUGCUCUAAACACUCCAGCAAAUGAAAAGAGUUUCACUCCCACUGCCACUCCAUGCAAUUCUCCAUUGGGUUCUCCAAGAGGAUCUGCUGAGAGUUCCCCUUCAUCUUCUAGGUCACCAUCACCUCCACCCUACAGCACAUUCCCUAUACCAGCCUUACUUAGUAGUGGUGCAGAACUGCUGCGUCGUACUUUUUCAAGUGAGCGUAAUCCAUCACCAAUGCGUUACCACCGGUCUCCGCAGGCACGAAGGUCCAGAAAAGGUCUUUCCAGAUCAGACCGCAAGGCUUUGUCAAGCAUUAAGCUUGUCGAGAAACUUGAGCAAAUUGGUUUGGAUUCAUUAGUUACUCCAAAUUAUAGGCCAGGUGCUAGAUCUAUGUACUUUAAUCCAGCUCAACGUAGCCCUAUGGCACAACUAACAGGACUUAGUCCUGUAAGUAGCAGCCCCAAGCCAUCGUUUGUUUUAGGUGGUGAUGAUGAUAGUGAUAUUCCAAUAUUAGGUAUGCCUGCCAAACCUGGUUCAGGCCAGCUGGAUUCUCGUCUGAAUAGGUUGCAGCAAGAGAAUCGUAGGCCAUCAGUCCGCCCAGAUCUAGGGUAUGUGCCAGGUGCUACUCCAGCCCCCAGAGGUGCUCGCAAACGUCCUGAUCUAGGUUCUGUACCCUCUGAUCAUGGGAUGGACUCUAACUCGUCUUCCACUCUGGGCACAUUGAGCUCCCUAUGGUUUGGAAGGAAAGGUGGCUUGCUGUGAGUGCAUUUUAGGCUGUGUGGUGUUAUGUAUGCCUCGUUAUCAAUUUUUGUUGACUACUAGUGUUGUAUCAGCACCCAAGUGAUAUUAUUUUAAGUAAAAGAAAUCAGCGUUUCUGUACAUCAUCAGAGUGAGCUACUCAGUGCUUGGGCAGCUCCUCUUAUCCCAGUUAGCUUUAGACUAUUGGCAAUAUUUUAAGCUUUGACCACAACUCAAUGUACGAUUCGUUUUCCAAAGGCAUCUGCUGAUUUCAGCCUGAGAAGUUCAAUGUGAUAAUGAUUUUAUCUUGUUUGGAGCCACCUACUGCUCAUGUAUGCAAUGUUGGUAGGAUAAAAGUCAAGCUAUUGCUCGAAAUUGUUAUAUUUCUAGGAUGAUUGUUGUUCGGUACCUUUUGUAUGAAAUAUCGAGUAUUUAUUUAAAUGUAGGAUGAAAGGAGAAUGAUUGGUUGUCUACCACAGUGCCUUACAGUUCCUCAUUGUAUUGGCCCAUUAAGUAGUUGUGUUUUAUCAGUAUUGCCUAGCAAAUUUUUUGUUGUCUAUUGUUAUUUUACUUUAAAAUCAUGUGUUCUAAUUUGUUAACUGUUUCUUUUUUGUUUGUUUUUUUUUCUUUCCAAAAAUAGGAGGUUGAGUUUUUGAGCAUGUUAUUGAGAAAUAGUUCUCUUCCUUACCACUGUAUUUAAACUUUGAUGUGCCUCAUGUGUUUAAUUAAUUCCUUGUUAAUUUGUGAAAACUGCAAAUUUUGUAAUUGGUAGCAGUGCUGCAGCGUACAACGUUUUAAUAGUCAAAAGUCACACACAGAAUGAUAACAGUAAAUCAAUUGAUGCAAAUAUUAAAGAUUGUCAUGUUAGUAUGUUUCAAGUAUGUGGUUUUAAAGUGUAUUUUAAUUUAUUUUAUAUAGGCAAAUUGUAGGAAAAAUUGUAAAUAAAUUAAUUGAUGUAAUAAUGACUGAAAAAAUAAAGCUGAAAUACAUGGAGAAACUGGAAAA